CAUUAAAGUUGUUGACAGUCGUAAAGAAUGGCGAUACCUGACAGGUGGCGUAAAUAUCUUGUGAUAGUGGGUGGGGUGCUGGUGCAUCUCACUCUCGGAACAGUUUAUACGUUCGGCAAUCUGAACCCAUACCUGACCUCGUACAUCCGGAAGUACAGCAGCCCCGGUAACCUGCAGUAUGGGGAAAGUGUGUGGAUCUUCUCCAUGUCAGGAAUGGGUCAGGGACUGUCCAUGUUCCUUGGGGGCGUCAUCAACCGAUAUAUCGGCCCCCGACUCACCACGCUUCUCGGAUCAAUGCUCAUGAGUGCCGGAGUCCUGUUGACGUACGUGUCAGUCCAGCACUCCUUCGUUGCCGUUGUUUUCACGUACGGACUGAUGUUUGGACUGGGUGUCGGUAUAGCUUAUGCAGUGCCCAUGGCCUGUGCAAUGAAGUGGCUUCCAGAGAAGAAGGGACUAGUCAGUGGCUGUGUGGUCGCCGGAUUUGGGGGUGGUGCCUUCAUCUUCUUGACCAGGUUCAGAUUAGCGUACAUCAACCAUAACAACUUGAAACCUCAGAUAGAUGAAACUGAUGGGGGAAGUUAUUUCACACAGCCCGAGGUGUUGGACAAAGUACCCAAGAUGUUCCUGAUACUGGGAGCAUGCUACAUCGUGAUGCAGCUCAUUGGCAUCAUCUUCAUAUCAGAGCCGCCUCCUGUUGAGGGCAGUAAAGGUAAUACUUCCAUCACAAUGGCCAAGGUAAGGACAACAUAUGUGCCCCAGCCUAAAGGAGAUGGAUCAGAUGAGUCUGUAAAUGUGAUGGAUGUGACGGUGAACCCCGAUGGGGAGGACAGCGAGACGAAGGCCUUGAUCCCAGCAGCCAGCUCGGAUGAAGAGGGAGGCAUAAAACAGGAGGAAACUCCAGCAAUACGGGAACAUACAGGCGUGAAGGAUGAUGAGCAUGCUGUCUUGCACCCGAAACAAAUGUUGAAGCAGCGAGCAUUCUAUAUCCUGUGGUUCAUCUUCCUCUUUAAUGGACAGGGUGUGGUGUUCUUCUCCUCACUGUAUAAGGCGUAUGGACAGACGUUUAUACAAGAUGACGUCUUCCUUGCCACUGUUGGAGCAUUUGGUGCCGUCUUUAAUGCUGCUGGACGAAUUGCAUGGGGAUACUUUGCUGAUAAGGUUUCAUUCAAGGUCAGCAUGACGUGCCUGUGUGCUCUGUUCACGGUGCUGCUGCUCACAAUAGGCCUGACAAGCUUAGCAGGAAAAUGGCUGUUCUUCCUGUACGUGUGUCUGAUAUUUGGCACAUUCUCGGGCAACUUCUCACUGUUUCCUGUCGCUACAGCCCGGUCAUUUGGUCAGCUUCACUACCCACUCAACUACGGGCUGCUCUUUACAUCCCAGGUGAUCACAGCCCCUGUUGGUGCAGUACUUACCUCCCAGUUGAAGGGCAUCAUUGGCUGGUAUGGGAUGUUCUUUGUGGUGUCUGGAUUCUCAUUCAGCAGUUUUAUUCUGAUGUUUGUCUUCCAAGUUAAAAAUUCCAAAGGAAAAGACGUAUAAAACCGAUUUUUUAUGAAAGACGAAGGAGAAGACCUGGGAUACAGUACAACAGAUGUCUGCCUGGCAACAUUGAUAUCUACAUGUGCAAUAUUCCCUACACUAGUCAUCUGUCUGGGUAUAUAGUUCCAUGUGUUUGAUGUAAGGACAUUAUUCCAUACAUGACCCACCUGGGUAUUUGGACAUCUACUUACGUAUGUGAUAUUCCCUGUACAAAAUAUCUGGGCUUGUGAUAUAUGUCUUAUCCUAAUAUUUGAUGUCCUCCGGUGUAUAAAGACAUCAGUGUGUGUGUGAAAUAAGGGUGAUCUUCUUUAUAUUUAAUGUCUUUUGGUGUAUAUGGACAUCAAUAUAUGUGUGAUAUAAGGGUGAUCUUCCUUAUAUUUUAUGUCUACGGGGUAUAUGGACAUCAAUGUGUGUGAUAUAAGGGUGAUCUUCCUUAUAUUUGAUGUCUAUGAGGUAUAUGGACAUCAAUAUAUGUGUGAUAUAAGGGUGAUCUUCCUUAUAUUUUAUGUCUACAGGGUAUAUGGACAUCAAUAUAUGUGUGAUAUAAGGAUGAUCUUCCUUAUAUUUUAUGUCUACGCGGUAUAUGGACAUCAGUAUAUGUGUGAUAUAAGGGUGAUCUUCCUUAUAUUUGAUGUCUACUGGGGUAUAUGGACCUCUGUGUGUGGGAUAUAGGGGUUAUAUCCCUCCUAUAGAGGGGUGACUUGUCUUCUGUCAUGGUAUAUACUAGUUGGCAUCUCCUUCUGUGAUAAAGGAAUUUCAUUCAGAAGGUAGCGUGCAAAUAUUUAAAAUGUUUUGAAAGCAGCAAUUGCGACAAUAUACUGUUAUGUAUUGUUAUAAAAUGUAUCAAAACUUCAGCCACAGCUUGCACAGGUUGAAAGGGUGAAAUUGAAUACCUUAACAUAUCAUUCAUACGGUAACAUCUGCUUGUCAGAAAUCUGUGAUUGUGUUAAUCUAUGCAAGACUAGAAGUUGUGUGGAGCAGCUAACCCUAGCAACAGCUGCUUCAGGAAGCUACAGGGUGUUGUGUGCUGUACCAUGAGUUUGUUCUGUCGAUGACUGACAGCGUCUGUUGUAAUGUGGAUAUCUGUAUAUAAUAACCAUUCCAGCUGAAUAUUCCAAAUCACAUAGAAGGAAAUCACAAGGACUCCAUGAGACCCUGCCAUGCUGUGAUGUGCAACUUAAGAUUCAGGAAGUUCCUACAUUCGAAUAACGCAGGAACUCCAGGAACUCCAAAUAAUGUUGUUCUCAAAAGUACAGUCAAUAUUCGGUUAGAUUUGCUUCACUGAUCUGUUUCAAACAAGCACAUCUCCAUUUAUAAUAAGCUUAAAGUAUCAUGCAUACUUUGUGUUUGGUGGUACCCGUGAAGGUCCGGGUUAGUAUGUAUACAGUGCCCUAAAACACCAUGUCCCAGUCCUGAACUCCAAUGUCCUACACACAAUAUCUCAAUUUUAGGACUCCCAAAACAAGUCCAGAAGUGUUCUAAUACCCAAUAUUGAAACUGUAGCACUUCAUUUAUUGCCUUGUUGAUAGUUCGCACCCAUAUAUAUAAGUAGCUUGGUGGCAAAACCGAUUCACAUGUUGAUGCUUAUGCAAUCAGGUACUGACUUGUUUAAUAUUAUGUUGGACCAACUGGUAAUUUGACUGAUGGCAAUGUGACGAGAGUCUGCUGAGAGAGUUGUCUGUUGUGUACAUAAUGUUACUCCUUUAGGGAAGUGCAAUAAUCAAGUUGUGCCAAAUAUUUUAGUUGUGGCAGUUACCGAUUGGGUAGCAGUUGUUGCUGUCUGUAUCACUGUCGAAUGUGACUGCAUAGGAGACGGUGAUGCUGCAACAGUUGUGUCAGACUUUAUAUUUUAGAUAAUAUUUGCCCAAAUGUGAUCCUGAAAAAAUUACCCUGAGAGACACCUGAAGAUAGUUUUACUGUACUAAGGUUUCGAAUUAGAAAAUAAGGUCACUAACUGAAUAAUCAUGAACAAUAAAUCUACGAGCCUAUUACGUAAAUUCCUUUUCUUUUGAUUAUGUGUGGUACUCAUAUAAAGACUAUCACCUAUACUUUCACAAACUCGACCUGGACAGUUGUUUGAGAUUUGUAUCGGAAAUAUACCUGAAAACAAAACCGUCAUGUAGUGAAUAUAUCAUUGUAUUACAUAUAUUGUAUAUUUCUUGUUGGCUCCUCAUUUGUGUAAUCUUGGAGGAACAGAUGUUUGUCUUCCACAUUUCAGCUCUUGUCAUCCUGUUCCAAUAGAUCAAACGAGUAAGUGAAGUGUACAAUCAAAAUGUCACCUAGUGUAAACUGUCAGUCGACAUGAUUCUGUACUGCUGUUGUUUUCAGGUUGAACACUGAAUAAAAAGAAAUAACGAAA